AUGGAGUCCAAAGAGCCUGUCUCAACUGAUUCCAACGAUCGUGAUCAUUUGGUCAUGUACAGUAACCCAGUCCAGAACCACGACGAAGAUACUCCAUGGGCUACACUCCCCCCUUGUUUGGCAGAACUACGUGCUUUUCCCGAUGGCAAAGAGGUGCACAGCGAGCUUUUACGCCUUUUCAAGGACACUUUCGGUGCAGAACCCCACAUGGUCUCGCCGACUUCCUACGUGGACGCGAAGCGAACUCUCAAUCUCGAGGAUCUUCCGCAGAAUGAAGACAAGAUUAAAGUCUUUGAGCAUGUCCUGGGAAUCAACGACCCCUGUGUGGAGCUCACGAGAAGGUUCAUGGAUCAAUGGGAAGAAAAGUUUGUAGUAUGGGAUAAAUUGGAAUUUAAUAUUUUAAUCGGAGAAAUCCAAUGGUUUCUCUCAAACAAAAAUUUGGAGGAAGCCGAAAAGAAGGUCAAAAAUGCUAUGGAAGUUGCAAUGAGGAUUGGUGACGAGAUCACAAAAGCUCGAGUCUUCUUCUGGAGGGGUUUCAUUGAAUACAGGCGUAACAACAUCCCCACAGCUCAUCGAUACUUUGAGGCUGCACGCCCUUGUGCUGCAGACAAAAGAAGGCGAUGGGAGUCCCUUGACAUCGAAUUUCUUCUGGAUAACACGCGACCUGGAAUCAAUUAUGAAACUAGAGCGGCCAGGCACAGGGCUUGGAUAGACCUCGGCAUACAGAAUAAAUUGCCUUAUGAUGCCGAUCUGAUUAAUUCCAUUCGAGUUGACGGCAAGGAGACACGAAAAGUGCAGACCCUGACAGAUACGAAGAAUUUCAUGCGGGUAGAAGACAGUGAAAUUCGAAAAGUGGUGACACCGACAAAGGGACCUUUUCCCCCGGCGACGGUUCCAAUAGGCCCAAUAUUUCGUCCAAUUCUUGCAAUCCGGCAGAGGCGCAAGGCAGCACCUCAAGCUACUGUUAGCGGUGACAGUUCAACACAUGCAGGUUCACAGAAAGAGCAAAAGAAAAACAUGAAUUCACUUGGAGAGAUACUCGAAGAACUUCUUGCAGAGGAGUUUGGCAAUGGCAUGUCCCAGGAAGAAAACGAAAAGGCUACUUCACAGCUCGGAAAGAUCCUCGCAGAGGUCCUUGAAGAGGAGAAUGGCUCUGGAAAAGCUCCACAGCAAGUACCUUUUAAGCCAGCCCAACAUAGUAACCCCAGACCUCUGUCAGAUGUUUUUUUCUUUGGGGCUACUCAUGAAGGUGCACCGCCGCUCUAA